GGGGUGGUCAGAUGUACUACAUGUUUGGGUUUCUCCUGCUGGCAUUUGUGGUACUGGUUGUGGUGUGUGCCCAGACCUCCAUCCUCCUCUGCUACUUCCACCUCUGCUCUGAGGACUACCGCUGGUGGUGGCGCUCCUUCUUCUCCACUGGCACCACGGCCUUCUACCUAUUCUUGUUCUCUCUCCAUUACUUUGUGUACAAGACGACCAUCACAGGCGGGCUGUCCUACUUUGUCUUCUUUGGAUACACGUUCAUCAUGGUCUUUCUCUUCUGGAUUCUCUCUGGUACCAUAGGUUUUUUGGCAUGCCUGCUGUUUGUUCGUAAGAUAUACGCCAUCGUCAAGAUAGACUGAUAUUUGAGCUCUGAUUAGAGGAGUCCCUCGUAAUGUUGCUCAUUAAAUAGAGUAAAGUUUGACUUUAUCAUAGUUACACUAUGCUGCUGUGAUUCUCUUUCUCUCACUCUUACAAUGAUACAUUCCAUUAGUAUAAUAAUGCUUCUUUGCCGAAAUUCUCCAUCAA